AUGAAGUUUGUGCGAGUAUACGUGGACUACACCGGACGUUAUACAUGGGACUACGUCGAGUCCUACUCCAGUCCUACUCCAGUCCUACUCCAGUCCUACUCCAGUCCUACUCCAGUCGUGCUCCAAUCCUACUACAGUUCUACUACAGUUCUUCUCCAGUUCUACUCCAGUCCGACUCUAGUCCUACUCCAGUUCUACUUCAGUCCUACUCCAGUCCUACUUCAGUCCGACUUCAGUUCUACUCCAGCCCUACUCCAGUCCGACUCCAUUCCUAUUCCAUCCUACUCCAGUCCAACUCCAGUCCUACUCCAGUCCUACUCCAGUCCUACUCCAGUCCUACUCCAGUCCUACUCCAGUCCUACUCCAGUCCUACUCCAGUCUUACUCCAGUCCUACUCCAGUCCUACUCCAGUCCUACUCCAGUCCUACUCCAGUCCUACUCCAGUCCUACUCCAGUCCUGCUCCAGUCCUACUCCAGUCCUACUCCAGUCCUACUCCAGUCCUACUCCAGUCCUACUCCAGUCCUACUCCAGUCCUACUCCAGUCCUACUCCAGUCCUACUCCAGUCCUACUCCAGUCCUACUCCAGUCCUACUCCAGUCCUACUCCAGUCCUACUCCAGUCCUACUCCAGUCCUACUCCAGUCCUACUCCAGUCCUACUCCAGUCCUACUCCAGUCCUACUCCAGUCCUACUCCAGUCCUACUCCAGUCCUACUCCAGUCCUACUCCAGUCCUACUCCAGUCCUACUCCAGUCCUACUCCAGUCCUACUCCAGUCCUACUCCAGUCCUACUCCAGUCCUACUCCAGUCCUACUCCAGUCCUACUCCAGUCCUACUCCAGUCCUACUCCAGUCCUACUCCAGUCCUACUCCAGUCCUACUCCAGUCCUACUCCAGUCCUACUCCAGUCCUACUCCAGUCCUACUCCAGUCCUACUCCAGUCCUACUCCAGUCCUACUCCAGUCCUACUCCAGUCCUACUUCAGUCCGGCUCCAGUCCUACUCCAGUCCGACUCCAGUCCAACUCCAGUCCUACUCCAGUCCUACUCCAGUCCGACUCUAGUCCGACUCCAGUCCAACUCCAGUCCUACUCCAGUCCAACUCCAGUCCGACUCCAGUCCUACUCCAGUCCUACUCCAGUCCCACUCCAGUCCUACUCCAGUCCUACUGCAGUCCCACUCCAGUCCUACUUCAGUCCUACUCCAGUCCUACUCCAGUCCUACUCCAGUCCUACUCCAGUCCUACUCCAGUCCCACUCCAGUCCUACUCCAGUCCUACUCCAGUCCCACUCCAGUCCUACUCCAGUCCUACUGCAGUCCCACUCCAGUCCUACUUCAGUCGUACUCCAGUCCUACUCCAGUCCUACUCCAGUCUCACUCCCGUCCUACUCCAGCCCUACUCCAGUCCUACUCCAGUCCUACUCCAGUCCUACUCGCCAGUCCUACUCCAGUCCUACUCCAGUCCUACUCCAGUCCUUCUCCAGUCCUACUCAGUCCUACUCCAGUUCUACUCAGUCCUACUUUAUUCCUGCUCUUGGGCCAAAAGCAGGACUACUGA